AUGCCUGAAGAAUUCGAUUUCAAAGUGCUUUCGGCGCAGCUCAGGUAUCUUGUUUCAUCGCUAACACCUCUAUUUUACCUUCAACAAAUGAGGGAAAACUACAUUACUCAUGUUUAUCUACCGUGGUUUGAUUGUGGUGGGGGAGCCAGCUACAUCGGGUGUACAGUUAGGCAGGUUUGCCAUUGUAUUUGCGAAAAUCAUUGUGCAUGGUUAAGCCAAGAAGAAACAAGAUCUAUUCGUAGCUCUGUUUUACCACGCCUUAUCGGCAGUGAGCAUAAUGUUGAGGUUAUUAGAGCAUUUACAGUAAUUUGUCGCAUUCCAACUAAUCUUACUUUU